UCAAUCAUAUUCCGUUUAAUUGAUUUCAUAUCAGGGCUAUACGUCGUUUAAAUAUCAUAAUUAACUAAGUUUUCUCCUUUUUCUUAUAAAAUGGACAGGAAUCAAGUGAAAUUGAUUUUGUUAUAUUUAUUUGUUUUUAUAAUUAUUAUUAUUUCAACAUCGAAAGCUUUCGAACUGGGAAAAAAAAGAGUUGUUUCAAGAAAUGAAUGUAAAAGAACCCAGCCAUUAGUCGAAAAUUAUGAUAAAAAUGGUGUUCAAUAUUUAUUUUUUUCGGAACGGGUUACAUGGGAAGAGGCACAAAUGCUUUGCAAUAGCUAUGAUUCACAGUUAGCAGUAUUAAAUACGAAAGAUAAAGCAUUGUUUAUAGCUCGUUUGCUAUCAGAAUCAAAUAUAGAAAUGAAUGAUGCAUGGAUCGGUGGCAGAAGAAUCAACUUUGUGUGGUAUUGGAUGGACAAAGAUAUAGAACCAUGGAAUCACGUGAUAUUGAUGGAACCAAAUAUUGAAAAUUUUCCACCAUGGAGUCGAAAACCUAACAGACCGACGAAAGAAUGUCUUGCAGUCAACCGGCAAUCGCAUCAAAAUUCUAGUUUUAUUGACAUUGACUGUCGACUUCUUAAAUCUUUUAUUUGUGAAAAGAAAACUGAAGGCUUGAUAAACAACCCAAUUCCAUCAAAGUCAAUACUCAUAAAUAAGAGCACAUUUAUUUUGUAUAAUGGCAAAGUCACUUGGCAAGAAGCUGCGAUAUUUUGUAGAGCAAAAGGAUUUCGACUGGCAAUCGUUAAAAAUUUAAUAACUACACACCUUCUGGCUAACAGUAUGACAAAAAGCAGACCAGAUUUUGAAAAAAUGUGGAUUGGAGCACACUUUAACUACGGACAAUGGGUUUGGCUAGCAACCGGAGCGAUUUUAAAUACCUUCACUGAUGAAAGUGGAUAUCCACCUUGGAGAUUUGGUCGCCCGGAAGAAAAUGAUGGAUGUUUAGUUUUAGACAAGCACAUUCAACUCAACUCAACGUUUAUCAGUACAUCUUGCCAUAAUAAACGAGAUUUUAUUUGUGAGCAAUAUUUCGACACGGAUGACAAUGAUUGGUGGAACGAGCCACUUAAGUUUACACACAAUAACAACACUUAUAUAAUUUAUCCAAUCAAUAAAACUUGGAAUGAAAGUCAGAGCUAUUGUAACGAUCGAGGAAGUUUCUUGGCUUAUUUAGAACAUAAUGAAACCAUUAAUCUAAUAAUUGAUGCAAUGGGUGAUCAUCCUCAAGAAAUAUCUCACAUUUGGCUCGGUGGAAAAUAUAACAAUAAAUUAAAUGAAUGGUUUUGGAUUGGAAAUGAUAAAAAAAUUGAUAAUAGCAAUGGCACAAACUUAGAUAAGUAUGAGUUUUUACCAUGGAUUGAUUUAGAAGGUGAAAAUGAAAUUGAAAAACAGAAUAUUAAUUAUUGUCUUAAUUUGGAUCGAAUUGAUAAUGCCAAACCCUACAUUUAUGGACUAGAUUGUAACAGUAAACAAUCAUUUCUGUGUCAAAUAUCUUGUAAAAUUCCUCCAACGGUUAGUAAUGGAAUUUGGAACUGUAGUAAGUCAAUAGAAAAUCGGAAAUGUAAUGUACAGUGUAAUCAAAACUAUAUAUUAAUGGGAAUAAAUAACAUAACUUGUACUCCGAAAAAUGGUUGGAUUUCUGGUAUCAACUCUUUGGAAUUUCCACUUUGUCUGAAUCCAAUAGACUACUCAAUAAAAUUGAUUGACGCAUUAAGUCAGAAUAUUCAAAAGAGCUCUGCUUAUUAUUUACUUUUCUAUCAUUCUACAAUAAUGAGAUCCUUAGCUUUAAAAUUCUUUCGAUGGUUGUUCACUGCUUUCCCAGCUUCGAAUCAUUUAAAAAUUGGAAUGACAGCAUAUUUAAUGAAUCCACCAUUUUAUGUACCUUUCAAUCAAAACGACAGCUGUCCAGUACUUGAAGCUUUACAUAAGUUCGUAAAUAUUGCUGAUGAAAAAAUAAACAUAGUACCUGAUAUUAAUAAAUUAAAUCAAGAAAUUUCAACUUAUGACGGAAGAGUAGCAUCGAUAAUUGUCAUCAUUGAUUCUGAACGUGGAUUACAAUUCAAAGAUGCCUUACUCCAUUUCAAAUCAAUAGGACAUUACGUUACGAUCAUUGGAUUACGAAAACACCUGAAUGAUCUUCUUCCUUUAGCAACAAUUGGAGCCAAUAGAAGACUUAAUUUGUAUUUAUUUGAAGAGGAAGAAUUUCAACUCAUCAUUAAUCAACUUGAUAAGAGUACAAAGGAAUUACGAUGUCAGAAUCGAUUAGAUAAUAAGUCGGAUAAAUUAAUUGUGAAAAUAUCUAAUGAAUUAUCUACAGAAUCUACCAUUUCAAGUGUGAAGAAUUCUGACAAUACAGAACAACCUGUAUAUGCUACGCCAUUUGAACCUUCUUUUUCUUCGGAAACAAAUUUUCCUAGUCCUGAUAUUACUAUUAAACAGAGUACAUCCGAAAGCUCAAUAGAUUCAGAAUACAAUUAUAAAAAUCCCGAAAUGGAAUAGAUAUUAAAUAAACAAAUAAUAAUUUUUUUUUUGUUAUUUUUAAUUAUGUUUAUUCAUGAAUUAAUUUUCUCUAAAUACAAUUUGAAGCAUAGCCUGAAAAUGUUUUAUCCAUAUAAAAUAAAAAUACAAUAAACAAUUUUCUUUGGCACUUUA